AUGAUGAAAUGCCUCAAGGUUGAAGAUGCGUUGUCCUAUCUGGAUCAGGUAAAAGCUCGAUUCGCCGGACAAGAUGCCAUAUAUACGGAUUUCCUUGAUGUCAUGCGAGAAUUUAAAACACAAACGCUGAAUAAUACGAAUUCCGGUCGUGCUAACUUGGCUGUUUCUGCAUUGGAUCACGUUUCCCCUGUUAAAACAUAUAGCACCAACGUCAAAUCAGCAGAGGGUGUGAACGAUUGGUGUGGUUCUGCUAACCUAUCGUCCUCUACGAGCAGUCAGCACGAAAACCGGGUUAGCGGUUAUGUAUCGAAUGUUGGUCCACAAAUGGGUGGUUCACCAUCUUCUAGGUCACAGACAUCGGAUACAACAAUCUACAGUCAAACCACCCAACAGACCCUUUUGGGAUCGAGUUAUCAAGAAAAUUACCCCAACACUGCGCGUGGUCCCUAUACCGUAAACACAGCAGUCGGUCAGUCGUCAAUGCCUUCACAUGUUUAUCAGCAACAGCAACAGGCACAAUCUUUCAAUCAUGCAUUGCUAUAUGUAAAUAAAAUAAAGGGCAAUCCGGAUGCUUACAGACGGUUUCUUGAUAUAUUGCAAUGGUACCAAAAAGAGCAGCGACAUUCAGAUCCACUCCGCAGAAAACAAGCUGAACUACAAGUUUAUCAGGAUGUUUCUAAACUUUUUGAUGGGCAAGAAGAUCUUUUGCAAGAGUUUAGUCAGUUCCUUCCUGAGUCAACAGGUGUUACGAAUGCCGUGACCGAAAGUAUUGUCGGUCGUAAACUUUCCGGGCACAUACAACCACCGGGCGCUGAUCCAAGUCCAAGUGAUACACCCCUUCCCGUACCCCAGCCCGUGAAUCGCGUUUCCGAAGUGUCCAGUUUAACUGCUCCUGUCAGUCGUCACCGGCAUGAGUCGCCCAAUACGAGCGUGUUGGGUACCACGGCUCCUCAUAUACCCAGUUCUGAAACAAAGAAGUUGAAACGCCUUGCUCCCGCACCUGCUGUUGCAUCCCUACCUAACAAUCUCAAUAACACAGGGAGUGCUGUAAAGAAACCCCGUUCAAAUGUUCGUGAUGUUAGUGUAUCAGAAGUGAACCAGUUAGCUACGGGUGUAGAUACUGCCCUUCUAUACAAGAUUCGUGUUGCUUUGGAUGCCGAUGGACCUUCGGGGGAUCAUGCAUAUCAAACUUUCCAACAAAUUCUAAAGCUUUUCAAUAGAAAUAUGCUCACAGUCGACGAGUUGCUUGGGGCCACAAAAACACUCUUCCCUCGACAUAGUGAUGUCUGGAAGAGUUUUCACGAUAUGAUCAUGCUCUCCGCACCGUAUUCCAAUACGGAACUGAGUGGGGCCUUGGGUUUGCAGUCCUCCGACCUACGGGAUAGAGAGAAACUUGAUCGUGACCGACGGGGUUCGUUCGAUGAUCCUCAUGAGGCUCCAGGCGCUGGCCACGUCACAUUAAACGCAUUCGCCGAAGAUGCUGCCCAGAAGCGCUUGGAUUUGGAUUUCAGCAAACUGAGAUUAUGCGGGACCAGCUAUCGAGCACUUCCAUCCAAUUUUCCACAAAGCAAAUGUUCGGGGCGCCAAAAGUGUCCGAUAGCCAAAGAGUUUGUAUCUUCCAAGAAAAAUCAGUAUGAGGAAAAUAUGUAUCGCGUCGAAGAUGAACGUUACGAAGUUGAUAUGGUGACUGAACUAAACAGAAUGGCCAUGCAAAAUUUGGUAGUUGUCAAGCGAAAAAUGGACAGCAUGAAACGCGAAGAACUUACUCAGUUCCAAUUGGAUGACAAUCUUAGUGGCACGUCCGCUAUAUUAAUGCGCAAGGCCAUUCAUCGGGUGUAUGGAGAUAAAGCAGGAGAUGUGAUAUGCGGUUUAAAAACUUGCCCCGAGACUGUGGUCCCAUUGGUCAUACAAAGAAUGCGCCAGAAGGAUACGGAGUGGCGCGAAGCAAUUCGUGGCUAUCAACGUUCAUGGGCCGAUCAAGACGCGCGGAAUUAUUUGCGUUCACUAGAUCAUCAAGGGGCGACGUUUAAACAGCGAGAUGCUCCCCUAAUUCGAAGUAAAACAAUGGUCAGUCAAAUCGAAGCAGUCGCAAAGGAUGAUAAGCCUUGUCAUGGUAUUACUGAUCCGAUCGGUACCAUGAUUUCUGCUUCACUGACCCAGUAUUGCCUGACCACGCGCACCGAUUUAACCAGCCCUGGUACUAUUGGUUCCGCUCUGAUCAAUGUAAACGAAGGCUACAAGGAGCCCGGUUCACCUCAUUUGGCUUUGGUAUAUCCUCCACCUGUGGUUCGCAAUGCCCUUCUUGAGGAUGCCGCUUCGCUCAUUAUACAUCAUGUAAAGCGCCAGUCAAAUACUAGUAAAGAAGACAAGCGAACCAUGAAGUUUUUGGUGCGCACGGUUGUACAAGAUAUAUUCAUGGCUGAUCGCUUCCCAAUGUCGGACGACGAGGAAGAAGAAGAUGAAGAAUUUGAUCCAAAAGAGGAAGACGAAACACCUAAAGAAGGUCCAACGGAGCUACAUGAUGGCUCUCGGACGCGGAGUGCUCUGCGUAAAUCGGUCACAAACGACCGAGAUGGUGCGGUUACUGGACCAGAUACGUCCAACACGAGGGGACCGGUCCGGCCUAAAAUCGAUGAGGAUGCUAAUGCGGAUGUGCGUUCUUCAGAAUCACCGACAGCAAACACAGAGGCUGCUGGUGGUAGUUCGGUUUCACCGAUGGAAGUAGACAGUGAAAAAGUACACGGUCCUGAGCCUGGUGCUGUGUCUCGCACUGUUGGCUCACGCAAUAAGCGGUCAAUACCUCUUCCCCCGGCUCGCUCAUACGAAUUGCCAUGUGGUGUCAGUUUACCACCGGAAGAGUAUUAUUCUCUUCUUUAUGGGAAUAACCAUUGGUUAGUAAAUGACAGUUCUUUUUCUUGUUCAUUUUACUUCCUUUUAUUCAAUAUACAAAGAUACCAUUUUCAAGAGCGAAGAAGCAGCCAAUCAAAAGGCUGCCACUCACACAAUGGGAAAAGUCAGGCAGCGGUGGUGGGAUUCAAACACAUCCCCCGGGGUGACAAUUUGGUGACUUCACCACCGGGGCGGUUUUCCAAGGUUCUCUCAACCAAAGUUCAAUUUAAUUCAAACAACUCCGAAUCUUUGUCUGUAACAAUUUAUAUGCGAAACGGAUGCGUUCGAAAUACCUGGAUUGGAAGAAGGAGAACCAUCAUAACGUAA